UCAACGCCUGCUAAUACAUCCAUCAAGGAAGCAACAGAGUAGUCACGAACGGCACACUCCGAUAUCAUGUAAUAGAGAUGUUAUAAUACUAUGAUAAAAUACAACUAGUUCAUUGUUACAGGAUUCUUGUAAAGAAGCAGUACCUACUAAUAUAUUUCAUUUAAUCGUUGAAGAACACCAGAUUUAUGACAAGGGGGCCCAUAGCAGUAUUCUAAAAUGAAUUGUCUCCCGUUGUUGCUACCGAUUCUUGCCCUACUGAUGGUGAUACGUUCACCCGCAGUCCGUGGUGUAUCAGUUGACGACACGACGGAGGCUUCCACAAUUUGGAGUACAGAUAUGCAGACAAUGCAGUAUAGCACCGAUGGACCAGCUGAUUUUGACGUUCGCUUGGUUAAUGGAUCGAACAACGCUUCAGGUCGAGUUGAGAUAGGGUACAACCGUACAUGGGGAACAGUAUGUGAUGAUGGAUGGGAUUUGAACGACGCCCAUGUCGUUUGCAGAAUGCUUGGGUUAAACAACGCGUCAAGUGCACCAGUCAUGGCUGCAUAUGGUGCGGGUUCUGGAAAGAUUCAUCUUGAUGAAGUUGAAUGUACUGGAUCAGAACUCAGCCUCGAAUACUGCAUCAAGAAUGAUUUCGGAGACAAUAAUUGUGAUCACAGCGAAGAUGCUGGGGUGACCUGUGAAGAUUCGCCAGCUUUCCAACCUCACAUUCGGAUCCCGAAAACAAGAAUUGGGGACGAGCUUGAAGUUCGUUUGGUUAAUGGAUCGAGCAAUGCUACAGGUCGAGUCGAGGUACGGUACAACGCCAGUACUGAGGUAUGGUACAACGAUACUUGGGGGACAGUAUGUGAUGAUGGAUGGGAUUUGAACGACGCCCAUGUCGUAUGCAGAAUGCUAGGGCUCAAAGCGUCUAGUGCACCAGUCCGUGCUGCGUAUGGUCGGGGUUCUGGAUACAUUCUUCUUGAUGAGGUUGAAUGUACUGGAUCAGAAAGCAGCCUUGGAGACUGCAUCACGAGUAAAUUCGGACAUCAUGACUGCACUCAUUCCGAGGACGCUGGGGUGAUCUGUGAAGAUUCAGAACCAGAGGACUAUGUCACAUCGAGCUGGAGUGAAAUUGACAUAGGUCGGUCAACUAGCCGACCUGAAGUUUGGAGCCCGAGUACACCGAACACUGGGAACCAGCUUGAAGUUCAUUUGGUUAAUAGAUCGAGCAAUAAUGCUUCAGGUCGAGUCGAGGUACGGUACAACACCAGCAGUGCUUGGGGAACAGUAUGUGAUGAUGGAUGGGAUUUGAAUGACGCCCAUGUCGUAUGCAGAAUGCUCGGGUUCUUCAAAGCGUCUAGUGCACCAGUCAGUGCUGCAUUCGGUGCGGGUUCUGGAUACAUUCUUCUUGAUGAGGUUGAUUGUACUGGAUCAGAAAGCAGCCUCGAAUACUGCAUCAAGAGUACAUUUGGAGAACAUAAUUGUGAACACAGCGAAGAUGCUGGCGUCAUCUGUACAGAACCUAUCUCUCUUGAAGUCCACCUCACCGAUGGUCCAAAUAAUAACUCGGGAAGAGUUGAAGUGCGAGAAAAAGGAUCUUAUUCUUGGGAAACUAUCUGUGACGAUGGCUGGGAUGGUAGAGACGCUAAUGUUGUAUGCAAAAUGCUGGGGUUCUUCGGUGCAGCAUAUGCACCUGUGCAAGCUACAUACGGUGAAGGGGUAGGAGACAUCUCACUCCGUAAUGUGGAUUGUAUUGGGACAGAAAGCAAUCUGGGAACAUGUUUCCACGAUAGACCUGAACCUUUUGACUGUGCUCAUGACGAAGAUGCCGGUGCUGCCUGCUUGGUUCUUAUCCAAGGUUAUUCAGGAAAUGGAUCAUCGUCCGGGGAUUAUUCAGGGAGCGGGGCAUCGUCCGGGGACUUUUCUGGAAGCGGGACAUAUUUCGAGGAUGAUGAUGGAACAUUCAAGCUACAAUGUGGAAACCUAACUUCGACCACGGAUGAAGGUCUCACUACAUCAUCUUCUGUCUUCAUCACCCCACGCGUGAAUGGUUCCGUUGACAAUCAGAACUUCUCUGUGGGCUGUACGUAUACUUCGGACCAUGUAUUUGACUACGGAGUCACUUGGGUUGCCUGUGCUGCACGAGAUGAUCUGGGAAACUACGAGACAUGCGAUUUCACGGUCAACGUCAAAGAUGGCGACCCUCCCUGUUUGGCCUGCCCUGACGUAACUUCCGCCACGGACCAAGGUCUUCGUACAUCUUCCCACAUCACCAUCGACCCUCAGGCAAAAGACAACACUGAUCGUAGUCCGUCUGUGAACUGCUCUCACACAUCCAGUGAUAUCUUCCAGUUUGGAGAUACCAAUGUUAUCUGUAAUGCUACGGAUGAAUCAGGAAACAUUGGGACGUGUACGUUCGUGGUUACAGUGCAAGACAGGGAGCCUCCUAUGUGGGAAUGCCAUGUCCAAACAGCCAUCGCGGAUCAACGUCAAAUUGCUAUCAAUGCUUUCAUCCCAUCUGUGUCAGACAACUUAGAUCCCGAUCCGUCCGUUAACUGCUCUCACACAUCCAUAGAUCUCUCUCAUCUCGGAGACACUAGCAUCACAUGUGAAGCUAAAGAUUCUUCUGGAAAUAUUGCCCCCUGUACUUUUCUGUUUACUGUACAAACCCCUUGUAUAGUUCGUAAUCCGUGUAUCAAUGGUGAUUGUAGCUAUGAAGGAUCAGGACCAUCCAAAUGUGCCUGCCAUGGUGAAUACGAGGGCGAUCAUUGUGAUGUCAUCCCUGAACCCACUCUUCCUGUUGAAGUAGCCGGUCAUCCUACGAGCCAAACGGUGAAUAUGAGCACCACCGUAGAGCUCACAUGCAGCUUCAACAAUGCUGAAUCUUACGCGUGGUUCAAAGACGGCCAUCGUCUACCCAACAAGACAAAUCAAGUCACUCUACCUAUACAAUCCGUUUCAACAAGUGAUAUUGGAUACUACUUCUGCCGAGGCUUUGGAAAAGAAAGAUCUAUAGAUACGAAUAAGGCAUCUAUCUACAUUGAAGGUGUGACCAACAUCCAACUUUCUGAUUUGAAAUUUAAUCUCACUUCGAAUGAUGACCUCUCUGAACAAACUUCCGCCCGCUAUCUCGAGAUAUCACGCAACAUCAUUAAUUAUGUUCUUAAAGGUCUGACGAAUGAUACCGCUUUCAAGGAUAUGUCACCAUCGGUGGUAUGCAACAAUCUCACUCGGCAGGCAGUUGUGAUUGCUGACCUGAAUGUCUACAUCAAGAAUUCCAAUCUGACUGCAUUUGAUGAACUAGAUCUUGUUAGUCAAGCUUUUGAUGGUUUGGCUAACAACUCGAAUGGUUUUCUCGAUGUCAGCAGUGUAGACAUCGAGAACACGGCGAUCUGUAAGAAUAUGACAUGGACGUCAUUGCGUUUUGGACUAAUCAGUUUCCUAGAGGGUGAGAACGGAACAUGGUUGAGCUCAACUGAAGUAUGUCCAUUCAACAGAGCAAACGCUGACCAACCAAUUGGUCGUGCCAUAUGCGUAGGUGAUCUGAUUUCACAGAGUACGUGGCGUCCCGAUCCCAUGGAUAACUGUGGAACAUUAAGAAAUGUCAGUGAUUUACUUAGCCAGCUUUCAAAGGUUAUCGUUUCAGAUAAGAAUGUUCAUAAGCUCAGUGAAAAUGUCAGUUUGGCGACAAAUAACACCGAUGAUAUCGCCUCUGAUGACAUUUCUUCGAUUGCAAAUAUAAUUUCAAAUAUCAGUGAUGUUGCACAAGGGAGCUACAGUAAAAAGGUUACUGAAUCCAUUGUUGCCAUAGUGAGUAACAUCGCUGAGGUUGACACAGAAACACUUGAAUCAGCAUCAGCCUCUGUCAGAGAUGUCGUUAAAGCAUUUGAGAAGCAGAUCGACAGGAUUAAUGUAGUGGAAGGCGGAAAUCUUACCAUUCAACAACCAAAUAUUGCUGUGCAGGUCCAAAGUGUAUCUACCGAUGCCAUCUCAUACGGUCUAGUCCUCUCGUUAACAGGAGACAGCAAUUCUGAUCUGACGGACUCCGACACCAGCAUCCACACUUCAAAUGAUGAAGCUACACAACCGAAUAAUAUUGCUGUUGUCAACAUACCAUCUGCCAUUUCCUCUGCUUUAUCGUCGAUAUCUGGAGGAAGUGCCAAUACUAGCAUCUUUGUUCGCGUGAUCUUCACUGUCUUUUCCACACCAGCCCUUUUCAUUUCUAAAUCAUUGAAGAACACGAGUGAAGGAACCGACCGAUCUGCUAACACACCUGUAAUAUCACUGAGCAUCGGGAACGAGACGAUAGCAAAUCUGACAGAACCCAUCAAUUUUACUUUUACCCCGAUAAAGACUAAUCUAACCAAUCCGUCGUGUUCAUACUGGGAUGUUGGCUUUGGUGAGUGGUCUCAAGAAGGGUGUCAUCUUAUUUCAUCAUCUGGAAUUAGAUCACCUGAUGAUGAUAACUGCGAUCCUCCUUCUGAUGAGAAACAGGAGAUCGUUUGUGGAUGUAACCAUCUCACCAACUUUGCCGUCCUUAUGGAUACUUCCAGAGAGGAUGGGCCUUCUGAACAAGCAUACGAAGUUCUAACGUACAUAGGAUGUUGCAUUUCAAUAGUAAGCCUACUUGUCACCCUUGCAACAUAUAUAUCAAAUAGAGUUCUGAGGGGGAAACAGACCAACCAGAUCUUCAUUUGCCUGUGCCUGACGUUACUCUGUCUCUACGUAUCGUUCAUUGUCAUGAUGUCCCUGGACAGCGCCAAACGUCAAUGUCAUGUAAAGGCAGGUCCAUGCGGGUUCAUUACGGCGCUCGUUCACUUCUUCGUUCUAUCUUCGAUCACGUGGAUGGGUGUGGAGGGAUACAACACUUAUCUCAUCAUCGUCAAGAUCUUUGAUACCUACAUUCCACAGUUCAUGGUCAAAGCUGGUGCCGUUGCUUGGGGUAUUCCUGCAAUGAUUGUCAUUAUAACUGGAGCCAUUGCCCAGGACAAAUACGCGCACGAAGAUCUAUGUUUUCUCCAACUGUGGGCUCAAAUCGGUGGUCUCCUUAUUCCCAUGACAAUCAUCAUCCUGUUCAACGUCGUCAUCUUUGCCCUCGUCGUCCGUCAACUGAUGAAGUCUUCUAAUGUCGCUGGUCGGGUCAAGAGAGAGGCCAAGGUGGAACGUAGAGAGAGCAUCGAACGGGUUCAAAAUGCAAUCUGUAUCCUCCUUCUGCUUGGUCUUACAUGGAUCACUGGAUACUUCCUCAUGAUUCGAGAAUUCAGUCAGGUGAUUGAGCCCAUCUUCAUUGUACUGAACUCAUUUCAAGGACUGUUCAUCUUCCUGCUCUACUGUGUUCGUAAACCAAUGGUUCGUAAGCAGUGGGGACUGACCUGUCUUGCAGCAAGAGUCAGGAGACAAGAUGUUACCACAUCGAGUAGCGGCACGCAUAGCUCUAAGAAUACGUCCUCAUCAGCAGCGACUGAUGUUGUCCUUGUCAGCAUGAGCAAGAUACCGGAAGAGAAGAACAUCGAGGUUUCAAUUCAUGUAAAGCUUUGAGUGGAAAUACUUACCUUUUAUGAAGAUGAUUUUCUACGUCUUCUAAUUUCAAUUAGGUUUGUGCGAUUAUAGUUGUUAAGUAAUUUUUGUUAUGGGAAAUGAAAUACAUCGCAAUUGGAACGAAGAUACAUAAAAAUAAACUCUUCAAAUAUUUUCACCAUGUUCAAAGGGAUAAUAACAUGGGUGACUUGCUUUAGUUACCAUUUUGACUCAAUUAGACUGGGCUAUCAAUCCAAUUGUAAAAUUCCCUUUUAUAAUUUCCAUUCGGAAAAAAAAACUUCCAUGUAUACAACAAAAUUUGUAAAUCUGAAGUUUAAAUAAAAAAGAUGACCAACAUGUAUAUAUUUCAUGAUUGAGCGAUUCAACAGUGAACAUAUGAUUUAUUCAAAAGUGUUCCAGAGUGAUUUAGAGAGCAUUUCCCCUUAAAUACGGAUUAAAAAAAAGAAGAUAUUUAACAAGGAGGAAAUCGUUGUUUGACGCGCAUUGUGCAUUAGGACUGAGGUCUCUAUUUUGUUGUUGUUACUAUAACUCUAUCCCUAUAGACCCUAUAGAAUAUAUGUAGUAUUUAGUAAUACCAUAGACGGAAUGUUUGAGUUCUAUAAACUAACAUCCGUCCUAUAAAUAUAUUACGUAACUUAUCAAUCCCCAACAUAUUAUUAAUUUCUGUAAUCUGUAUUAUCUGUAAGUAUUGAAAAGAUGGGAUAAACUAUAAUUAUGGACUCAUUGUUUUAAAACUUGUUAUGCUUUUAAGCGACAAAAAUAUCUUUGACAGUGCGAAGUGUUUUUGGUGUGGUAUAAAUAGUAUGUUUGAGCCCAGAAAUUAUCCCCAAAGAAAUGUACAUGCACUAGGCCCAUCUUAUUAACCUGUACCAUUACGUGGGGGAAAAUGACUAGAUUUAAUAUUUCACCUUUUGUCUUCACUGAACUUAUUAAUGGUAAAUUAUAUCGCUAAUUGUUAGGUUUUUUUUAAUGAAUGUUUUCUUGUCCAAUAUUUCAAAAUAUGAAUUAAUGUGCACAGUAUAAUCAUGAGAUAUUGAAAAUGUGAUAUAUGGAAUACAGAUGCAUCAAAAAUACUUUGAUUUUAAUGUUGAAUUAACUUGGAAACUAUCGUAAGAUGCAUAGUAUAUAUUCAGUUUAGCGUUUUAUAUUACAACAAUUACCCUCUCCACUAUUUCCCACGGGUAACUAAUCCUUUGCUAAUCACCUCUAAUCCCCUUCCUCCUAUGAUUCACAGACAACAACCCCUGUAAUGACCCCCCUUAGAAGAUUAAUAUUAGCUCGAAUCCCCCCUGCUAUGAUUCACAGACAACAACCCCUGUAAUGACACCCCUUAGAAGAUUAAUAUCACCUCGAACCCCCUUCCUUCUAUGAUUCACAGACAACAACCCCUGUAAUGACCCCCCUUAGAAGAUUAAUAUCACCUCGAAUUCCCCUUCCUCCUAUGAUUCCCAGACAACAACCCCUGUAAUGACCCCCCCCCCCCCUUAGAAGAUUAAUAUAACCUCGAAUCCCCCUCCUCCUAUGAUUCCCAGACAACAACCCCUGUAAUGACCCCCCUUAGAAGAUUAAUAUUAGCUCGAAUCCCCCUCCUAUGAUUCCCAGACAACAACCCCUGUAAUGACCCCCCUUAAAAGAUUAAUAUCGACUCGAAUCCCCCUCCUUCCUAUGAUUCCCAGACAACAACCCCUGUAAUGACCCCCCUUAGAAGAUUAAUAUCACCUCGAAUCCCCCUCCUCCUAUGAUUCACAGACAACAACCCCUGCAAUGACCCCCCCCCCUUAGAAGAUUGAUAUUAGCUCGAAUCCCCCUCCUCCUAUGAUUCACAGACCACAACCCCUGCAAUGACCCCCCUUAGAAGAUUAAUAUCACCUCGAAUCCCCUUCCUCCUAUGAUUCACAGACAACAACCCCUGUAAUGAUCCCCCUUAGAAGAUUAAUAUCACCUCGAAUCCCCCUCCUCCUAUGUUUCACAGACAACAACCCCUGUAAUGACCCCCCUUAGAAGAUUAAUAUUAGCUGAUUGUAUUGCAGGCUAUAUUCAGGGUCGUAAUAUUUUUUUUGUGUGCAGUUAUUUUAAAGAUAGUUAUCCUAUGGGAGAGAACCGAGACCUUAUUUUAAAGAUAAGGCUGAUCUUGCUUUUGUUCUUUAUAUCUAAUCUUGUAUUUUUUUUAAUGUGUCCAUGACAGUAAAUUGAUUAAUUUAAUGGGAAAGGCUAGGGCAAAUUAUAUGUUGUUCCUAUCUUCAUAUGUUGAAGCAAGAUUGUUCAUGUGCAUAUAAACAAUUAUCCUUUAUGGACACAAUAAAGAAAUGAAAUGAAAUGAAAUGAAAUGAAAUGAAAUAAUAUAAUUUUUUUAUAAUUUAUUAUAUGUAUGUACAAUAUAUACAGAUGAAAUAUACAGAUACAGUUACCCACGA